GCGGAUACCAAAUAUUGAUUUGGCGAUACUUAGCAUGAUCAUAGUUCUUAACUCUAAAGCGCACGACACCAAAAUUAAUUCAAAACGAAUUCAAACCGAUUUCAAAAUGUAGCACUUUCGGCGUUUCGGAAACGUCAGAGUGGCCUGAAAGUCGUUUCCUUCGUUUCCUCAAAUCGGCUAAUGUUGAGCGAAAGGCGAAGCGCCCGUCGCACCCGUUGGCGUUGUCUUGAAAGUGGCGCCAGCGUCUAUGCUUCAGAAUGUAUCUGCUAUUGCGCAGGUCCCAUGCCAUGGCUUGGGACAGUGAGCCCUUCCGGCGCAUGGUUUCUGUUUGUGGCGAUGGCCUAAUCAUCUCGUCUGAACCAGGCGCCGUCGUCUCUCUGAGGCCGCCGCCUGGCGCUGGUUUAUCUUCUAUCAGACGAGGAGGACGCGCGGCAGCCUUCGCGCAAAAAAACGAAGGGGCUGCUCAGGAGUGCCUAGCGCUCCAGCUUGGCUGGCUGGCGCACAGUAGCACGGGGGUUAAAGCGAGCGCAUCUGCUGCGCUGAGUCGUGCCCCUAUUUUGGUAGUUGAGCCAAUGUUUCUAGCACGAGCAGAGCCCUAAAACAAGUAAAGACGACGCAGGGCAGAGCGCAAUAGGAAUAGCCGGGCCGUGUUUGGUGCGCUUCAGGGGUAGAACGUAGCGCCAGCGCGUCUGACUUGGCAGCGUCGGGGCGGUGUUUUCCUCUCCUCUGGUUGACCCAGGUCUUGCUUCUUGGAACUGUGUGCUGACCACACGACAACGUCCGGUGGAGUGGCUCCAACAUUGGCGGCGUCUCCAGGCCGGGACCCUGCGAUGGACGAUUAGCACUCUCGGCAGGCCCAGUCCCGUUCUGGGCGCGGGAUUGCCUGCUCAAGUGUGGGCCGGCCCCUUCUCCUCGCGCAGUGCGCCUACCUCCACAGAGCUGCCUGCCUGCGGUUUCGCUUAUUCCGGCAGCCCGGGCGCCGGAAGGGCAUUCCGGACGGAGCAGUCCCGGGGCCGGGCGACUGGUGUGCUUUUCUCUUGCCAAGAGGGGGGGUUGCGUAUUGGCUUCCCCAGUUACCGCACUCGUAGACGGUUUUUGUAUUUUUCCGUAUUUCUCGGAGAACAGAAAUUCGAACUCCGAUUUUCUGUUUCCGGGGCUCAUUUCAAAAUCAAGUUCAAAAUCCGUUCAAAUUCCGUUCAAAACCAAAUUUCUAAUAUGGGGAAGGGGCUUUGAACGGAUUUUGAACGGAAAUUGAACGGAGAUUUGAAUUUCGUUUUGAAAUUGGCGGGGAAUUUGAAAUACGUUUUGAAAUUGGCGGGAAAUUUGAAUCACGUUUUGAAAUUGGCCUGUGGGAUGAAUUUCGUUUUGAAAUUGGCCUCCCCCAUAAAUGACGCUUCGAAAUGUCAACCGGGGGCGAAGCCACGCUCCGAGCCUAGGGCCGGGGCCACUCGACCGCCAGCAUGCCUGAAAAUUGCCGCCAGGUAGCCCCCACAGCAGCAGCGGCAAAGGUAUUCUGGAGGCGCGCGCGCUGCGCGCGCGCGUAUUAUUCAUCUUUCAUUCGCCAGCUAGGGCCAGCAAUAAAUGCCGCGCGCCCUGUGUCCUUCUUCGUGUUUUGGCAAAGCGCAUCGAAGCGCGAAGGCCUGUGGCAUCGCUUGGAGUGGAUGGCUGGAAGCCGGACAACCUGGGGCCACUGCGCUUGUGUGGUCGUCCACGCCCAAUGCUGUGGCUGCGCGGCUAAUUGCCUUGCUUCAGGUAGAUUCGUUGUCUCUGCGGUAGUUGCUGCUCCCCACAUGGUGGCCUCGGGAGUUCGACGCGGGCCGCGACGGUGGUAACCGAAGGGCCAGGCCUCUCUUGUCCCGCCUUGCAAAAAAAGCAAUCCGCCCUCCUGAAGGUUGGGCGCUUAUUUUUCAUACUCAUCCGGGCGAGUAGCAUAGCGUAGCCUCCUCGUGUAUUGUGGCCUUUGGUUGUGGUGUCUUCCACCGCCCGGCCCCGUGCUGCCUGCGGCCGGCGGGAGGGGUGCCCGGUAAGCUCGGCUUUGUCGGGCGUUUUCCUUCCACAAACCGGCGGAGGGCGCUCGGUGGGAUCGUUGAAUGAUAGAUGCUCGCCGAGGAUGGUGUGAGUGUGAGAGCGGUACAACACCACGAGCGGGCGGUGAGUGAUGGGAGUCUGCUUGCGACUAUUGUCCCCAAAGCGUUCAUUGUGUGGGAUGACGACCAAACCUGGGCCAGGUUCUGUGGUGGGGCGGGCAUGGCAACUGCUGACUUUUUUUGCAAAAUGACCCUCGCCACAGGUGUCCAAUGGCACCAUGAAAGUCUGAAACAUUGAAAUUUUGAAUUUGGUUUGAAUUCGAUUUGAAAAAGAAUUAAUUUUCGGUGACUUUGGAUUUAACAUAGUUCCCAAUUGAUCGCCUUCUUAGAUUGCAGCAUGUUUUUCUAGUGAUCCACGUCAAUUAUAUCUUUUUUUUCGCUAAAACUAGUAAGAGAAUCUGCGACAGUCGCCAUGAAUGUGUCCAAAGGAAAGUCCGAAGCCUCGAGGCCGGGAAACAAGCGGCCUGUUAGCAAUGCGCUUGAGGUAUUUGAAUGCUUUCGAUUUGUCCAGCAACGAAUUCAUCAGCUGUGUGCUUAUUGCCAUUGAGUGGCUGACUGCAGCGGAAUGCAUGAUCUUUUGAAAAAAAAAUCUUUACGUCAGGUUCCAACGUCUGUCCUGUUCCGUCCCACACGAACCGUUGGCGUCGUAACAGACCGGAUUCCCUUUUCUCUGCAGAAGCUGGGAAACAACGACUUUUUGACCGUCGGAUCGCACAACUCGUACCAAGUGUAUGACUGCGACACGUUGCGGCUCUCCUACCUUUCUCCGGAGUUCAACGAGAAGGUGCGGGCCGUGUGCACGAUUGGCGAGACGACCCUGACCGCUUUCGCAGAGGAGGUGGUGAUAUGGAAAAAGCAGGUAGAAAUCGGGCGGCUUCAGCAGUGCCCAAAUGUCCGUAACAUGCUCAACAUCGGCGGGCAGUAUGUAGCCCUGUGGGCGGCGGCGGACGGCGAAAUCACCGGAGGCGUGGAUCAUGCAAGUCUAAAGAUUUACAAUCUCCAAACGAACGCACUUCACGGACGCAUUACCCUCGAAUCACCUAUGGAUCGUGUGACCAGCGUGACGACGGUGCCCACGUAUCUGAAUAAGAUUCUGAUAGGAACGCAAGAGGGCAAGCUGCUUCUGUACAACGUCAAGACACUGAAACAAGUUUUCGCGUUCCAAAACCACCACUCCGAUAAGGUCGUGCCCACUUCUUCGUCGAAGAAGGCAACAAAAAAAGACCUGUCUAGUGUCGACAUGGAACCGACUCCGACCAGUGCAGGAAGUGCGGGCUCGCCAUCAACCGAGGUCUUGUCCUCUGAGGAGCUCAUGAUCAACAACGACGAUGAUAAAAAUGCGCCCCAGAUGAACGAUGAGGAUGCUGCAGCAAAUGCCGGCAGCGGCAGGAAAAAUUCUGCAUCGAUUGCAGCUGCACAGAGAAGAAAUCAUGACCCGAUCACGUGCAUUGCUGCAUGUCCGUCCGUGUUGGACAUUGUCGCCGUCGCGUUCCAAUCCGGCCGGAUCGCCAUGUUCCACGCCAAGAAAGAUGAAGUGCUGUUUUCGCUUCGCCAGAAGUCGAAGCAGAGCUCUGGCAGUGCCGCCUCAAUAUCCACAAACGCAAUCCACUCGCUGUCCUUCCGCUCUGAUCCGUGUUCGGGUGCGAAGUUUGAACAGCUUGUCACCGGCUGCGAGGCGGGCUUUGUUCUGUGGGACCUGGAGUCGAAGGAGGCCAUGCAUUUCGAGCCCGUGGAGGAUUUAGUCAAGGUAGAGUUCAUCCGGGGCCAGCCCUUUCUGUUGGCGCAAUCGGGAAGGAACGCCCUGUUCCAGUACGUGUUUGACACCCCGGACGGGUUGCCGCGGCCGUUGCGCCACCGCCAAGGUAAUUCGGGGCCUAUCCGCGCGCUGCAAUACUACAAGGACGACGGCCACGAGGUCUUCGUCGCGUGCGAAAAUCAUGUUGCGAAGGUGUCUCUCAUACAGCAGCACCAAAACAAACAGUUCUCGACCAAAGCGUUGCAGGACCGCCUACCCCCGAUUUUCCAACUUUCGUUUUCCCCGACCAGGCACUUCGAUUGGCCCGCGGUUGUCACAGUAAAGAUGCCUUUUUUUUUCUUUUUUUGGCAUCAAGUUGAAAUUUUUAUGGCCUUUCGUCUUUGGGAAUGGGAUCAUCUAUGAGCCAACCCUCGAUUGGAGGUAUGUGAUGAAACUACUACUUCGCACAACGCUCUUUUUAAUCGCCUUUGCUAAACCCAAACAAGAGCAACAAAUUGGAACGUGAUCCUCACAGGCUCAUCGCGACUGCCGUGUGGCGUAUCUGUGGAGCGCGCAAUUGCAGAGCUUGGUUCCGAAGCGAAUUGAACGAAGAGACUCUAACGUCGCCGUCACGGCUUUGGUCGUGUCCACGUGCGGUCAUUACGUUUUCAUUGGAUACGCGGACGGAACUUUGCACAGAUUUGCUCUCCAAUCGCAGCAGCACCGAGGCGAGUUUUGGCAAAACGGGAGUAGAACCGCAGCGCACAAUGGAAGUGUCACAUGCGUGGCAGUUACGCGGGAGCUGGAGGUAUACGAAGAUAAUUGACUAGUCACAACCUACAAACUCAAACAUGCAAAUUUGAUAUAUUUUAUUCCGUUCGAAAAAGGACGAUGAGCACGGAGACGGUCGAAAAAUAAAUUAAUCAUGAAAUGCGAUGAUAUGCAUAUGUUGAAACUUAGCUCCGUCGAUUUGCGAAACCGAAUGGAAACAAAGGUAAUUUCUGGAAGCAACGCGGCCACUGAUGGCAAGCUACGUAUCUGGAAACCGCGGACGCAGGCUCUCGUGAGCGAAAUUAAUCUCCCGACCGCGGAACCGAGCAGUAGACCUGGAGAAGAUGCGAAGCGAUUGGGCGCCAGUUUCUUCGCUGGGCCACUCGGCAGCCUUUUGGGUGUGGCAUUGACUGAUGGAUCCGUUGCGGUCGUGGAUCUGUUGUCUAAACGGGUGGUCCGACAUUUCCAGAACUUUACGAGCAAGGUCCUGGCGAUGAGCUUCCGUAAAGAUGCCCGCUGGUUGGCGGUCAGCUGCGCUCCGUCCGCAACAGGUGACGCGGCAACUUUGAAGCGGCGGAAAAUGGCAGGGAAAAAUUCCGGGUCUUCGGCGUUCUCUGGUCGUGUAUCGUGCCCACAGAACAAGGUUUUGAUUUUCGACCUUGCCUCCGCCCGCUGUAUCGACGUACUGUACUUUAGCAGCCCGGUGCUGACACUCGAAUGGUCUUGGAACAAUGCCUUUUUGCUGACGACUCACCCAAAAACCGCCCACGUGGGGGCUGUUCACGUGUGGGCUAACAAGUACUUGUUUGAGCUGGACCAGGCGGCGCCCUUAUUGGCCAAGGACGAAUUGGAAACGAAUGGUGGCACCCAAAUGGACCGAAAGCCAGUGAAAAUGAUUGCGAAAAGUACAAGCAAGACCACAGAGGAGCGCGACGACGACUGCAUCUCCGCUUGGAGAAGCGGCGACCUUUCGGAUGAAGAGGAACUCAACAAGUUGUCCACCGACAACAAAACUGGUGUGCGCGCCGACGAGGACGAUGCCGACUUAGAGCGCGUGUUUUCUGCAUUGAAACGGGAGAGGGAGGAGCGGGCGAGGUGCGCCGUAACUAGCGCCACGGGUAAGAAGCCCUCUGCAAUGGAGGAAGCAGAACAAGCUUCAUCAUCGGCGUCAUUCACAAGCUCAUCUGUCUGUCCGACGAGAAGCAGGCAAGAAAUGCAGUUAUCCUCUGUACCCGCGACGCAUUGGGAGUCGAUCUUGCAUUGGGAACAGAUCAAAGACAGAAACAAGCUGCAGCAGCCUGAAAAGCCAAAGCAGAGUGCUCCCUUCUUUUUGCCGACCACCUACGAGGGCGCGGAAACUAAAUUCAUGCAGUUCGCAAACGAAGGCGGUGAAGAAGAUCCAUUCGAGACCGCGGAGCGAGAAAAGGAAAAGGAGAGAGCUCUGGCAGGCAACGCAAAGACCGAGGAGACCCUUCCAGGGGUAGAACAAGCGACAACAUCAGCGAGCAAGGCCAAUGGCAACAAGCUCUCGAAGACGGAUUUCCUGGCCGACGCGGAUUUGAGCGGAGUGAAAGACAAUUCGAGCUUCUUUCUUGGUGGAAACGAGCAGAAAGAAUCGCUCCCGACGUCAUCAGAGAAGGUGAAGGAGCCAAUGAGUCGAAUUCUUCAGAUGAACCAGAAUAGCAAGAAGCAAAGCGGAAAGCAGUUUCAAGAAGUAAGCGAGCUUCAAGAUCAGUUUGCCUCGACUCUGCAGAAGCACUUGAGAAGAAGCGAAUUCGACGAAGCGCUGACCUUUCUUCUUUCGCAGACCCAGUCUGGUGUACAUCUGGCAUUGAGCGAGCUCGGUGCACUGGCGGGGGGCACGAAUGAGGAACUCAAGCAAAUGCUGAAAUUCUUCCGCCACCAAUUCGCGAGGAACCAGCACGCCGACUUGCUGCAAACGUACCUGCAGGUAUUUCUGCGUAAGCACAGCGCCGAUCUACAGGACGAUUGGGAGGCGAGAGAGAUGCUGGUGGAGUUGGGAAGCAUGCAAAGCCAAAACUGGGGGGAGAUCCAAAACCGCUUUCAAAAGUGCAUCUCUUUUCUCAGAAUGCUCACGCAAACACAGACGCAGUGGUAAGAAUGGGUGUUGCAGCGCGCACGCGCCCGUUGCAAUUUUCGGAGAUCGCAAUCUUCGCGAUUCUUCGAAAUACUAGGACUAGCUGCGAAACGGAGUUUUGUGUAGAAUUCGAAUUGGUUUUUACGACCCGGUUUGCGUACCUAUGCUGGCGAAAUGUACUUUGUAUCAACAAGCAUCAAAUG